AUGGAAGGGGAGAACCUCACUACGGUGACUGAGUUUAUCUUUUUGGGGUUGGCUGCCAAUCCAGACAUGAAGCUUCUCCUGUUUGCUGUCUUCUUGGCGGUAUACGCCACCACCAUGGUAGGCAAUCUUUUGAUAGUGAGCCUCGUGACUUUUGAACCUACCCUACACACUCCUAUGUACUUCCUGUUGGGAAAUCUGUCUUUCCUGGAUUUCUGCUAUUCCACCGUCACUGCUCCUAAGAUGCUGGCCGGCUUCCUGUCGAGGACAAACUCCAUCACGUACGGCGGCUGCAUCUGCCAGAUCUUCUUCUUCCACUUCAUUGGAGGCAUCAAGAUCUUCCUCCUAACCAUCAUGGCCUAUGAUCGCUAUGUUGCCAUCUUCUACCCAUUACGUUACACAGUCAUCAUGAAUGGGACUCUCAUGGGUGGGCUCAUGUGGGCCUCUUGGGUUGGGGGUUUUGUCCACUCCAUCGUCCAAGUGGCCAUCAUUGUUGGGCUGCCAUUUUGUGGCCCCAACGUUUUAGACAAUUUCUACUGCGAUGUACCGCAGGUGGUCAAACUGGCUUGUGCCAAUACUUUUGUGGUGGAGCUCCUCAUGGUUUCCAACAACGGCCUGGUCACCUCCAUGUGCUUUGUGGUGUUGCUGGUGUCAUACUCCGUCCUACUGGCCAAGCUGAGGGCAGGUUCCGCACCAGGCCGCAGCAAGGCUGUUUCUACUUGUGCCUCUCAUAUCACUGUGGUAUCCCUGAUUUUUGGGCCCUGCAUCUAUAUUUACGCCCGUCCCUUCUGUAGCUUCCCGACUGACAAAGCCGUCACCGUUGUCUACACUCUCAUUACGCCAGCCCUGAACCCGUUCAUUUACACACUGAGGAACAAAGAUUUCAUAAGUGCCCUGGGAAAGCUCCAAGGGAGGAAGCCGAAAUUAAGCCCUUGAUCCCAGGUUGCAGGUUGACCGUGGGCUGACCGCUC